AUGGCUGAGCAUCUUGCCCGAAUCUUCGGCACUGAAGAGGACCGUGUGAACUGCCCUUUCUACUUCAAGAUCGGUACAUGCCGUCACGGUGACCAAUGCUCUCGACAGCACAAUAGGCCGGUCUCUAGUCAGACCGUCCUCCUCAAGGGAAUGUACCAGAAUCCCCCAGCUGCCAUUGCUCUGGCUGAGGGUCAGGAUAUUCCUGAUGAACAGGCUGAUGCCGCCCAGGAGCACUUCGAAGCCUUCUAUGAGGAGGUUUUCUUAGAGCUUGCUAAUUAUGGGGAAAUCGAGGAUCUCGCUGUCGUUGAUAAUAUCGGAGAUCAUAUGAUUGGUAACGUCUAUGUUAAAUAUGUGAAGGAAGAAAGCGCUGAAAUGUGUAUACAAAAGUUAACUGGGAGGUUCUAUGCCGGUCGUAUCAUUCAGCCUGAAUACUCGCCAGUCACGGAUUUCAGUGAAGCCAGGUGCCGUCAGUUUGAUGAUGCUCAGUGUUCCCGAGGAGGCUUCUGUAACUUCAUACAUUGGAAACACGUCCCGAGGAAGCUGAGGAGGAGACUCUAUCGUAAGAUGUACGAGCAACACCCGGAAUACCGCAGUCGCUCACGAUCGAGGUCGAGAGAACGUCGUCGCUCCAGGAGUCGUGAUCGUGGACACCGUAGUGGACACGGUGGUCAUCACCAUCAUGGCGACGAUCGCGAUCGUCGUGACCGCGGCGGCCGCGAUGAUCGAGGCCGUGACCGUGGCCGUGAGAGGCAGACUUCAGAGGAACGUCGUGCUAUGAUAGACCAAUGGAAUCGUGAAGCCGAGGCUCAAGGUGGCAUCGACCAAGCUCAGCUUUGAGGUCAUCGAACUUGCGACGGGCGGUUUCCCUGCAGUGCCCAUAGACAUUGCUUAUUG